AUGACUACCGCAAUACGGAAUUCUCCCCCAAGAAGUGCCGGGCCAAUUAUUCUGACAAUCGGCACAACAGGGGUAGGGAGGUCGAAUUUCAUUUCACUGGCUGCUGGAGACAGACGAGACAGAGUUGGCUAUGGACUAUCUUCCUUCACCGACAGAGUGGAAGAGGUCGAGGUUAUAGAUCCUCAACUUGAAUGGUCCUGUAUCCUUGUCGAUACACCAAGCUUCGACCAUACCUACCAGAGCGAUAUAGAGAUAUUGGGGUCUAUUUCCGAAUGGUUGCUGUCCAUAAUACUAACAGCCCUUGAAAAAAUUUGCGGACCCGCGAACUUCAAGAAAAUUGGGUUCGUAACGAUGUGGGGUAAAUAUGGAAGAUCCUAUCACGAAAGCCAGUGCAAGGAGGCCUGGGGCGACAUCCUCAACCGUGGCGCUCGUAUAUUUCGGUUUGAGAAUACCAGUAACUCGGCGAGAAACAUCAUUUCCACCUGGUGUCAGUUGUUGCAACAACAGUCCCGAUCGGGCCCUCCGCUACAACUGGUACGCGAGCUAACAGACUCCGGUGGGCUCCGCAGCCUGGGACAAACAUCGGCCGCUAAGGCUUUGGGUGGAGGACUUUCGAAGUCUUCGACAGGCCUGCCACUCAAAGCUCUCCGAAAGGCGUUUUUCGGGCUCCAGGAAUCGAGACAACGAGGCCCUGACAAUGAUUCGCUACUGGAUGCUGGCUACAUUGCCAAUGAAGACGAUGGUGGAACGAUCCACACUGUAAAUGACUCCUUCGACGCUCAUUCGGAAAUAUCUCGAAUGACCAGCGGGGAGAGGCAGCCGCAGGUGUUAACGUUUGAAGCCACGGCACAGCAUAUGAACGAUGAAGAUAUUAUCAGCGUUGUCAACAGCUUUCGGUCUUCUCUGGAAGACUUGGAGAGCACCCGCCCGGAAGAUAUCCGCUCUGCUGUCCGUGCCCUGAGUGGCAGAUGUUCUGAUAUCGAAUGGCGAGUCGAAGACCUCUCAGAAACUUUUGUGAACCACGUUGAUCCGCCGGCGCCUAGAACUACUCAUACGACUGAGAGAAACCUCACCCAAGCAUUCACACCCCUCAGGACUGAGAGUUCCGAUACUGACUCUAACAGCGUACAUUCAGGUCAUGCCGCCAGUAUCACAAUAUCAUUAGGGCUUGAGGUCCCUACCUCGGACCGUUCGACAAUCCGAAGCUCUCUCUACGACGACAUAUCUCUUCUCUCCUUGGAGAGUAAUAUCUUGCGGUCUCAUGUACAAGAUUCAGCAGUCGAGAGCAACGGAAUGGAAUCCCAGGAUGACGAAUCGUCCACGAAUUCCGUCGCGGGCGAGAGGCCCCGGUCCCACAGCUACGAAUACCUGCACAUCGAGAAUCUCCGUCUACAAGGCAGAAUGGAGAAUCUCAGAUGGGAGGUGACUGUCUUGGCUGACCUAGUCGCAGAGCACAUUACCCAACAUGCCACACCGGCGAACAUUCAGAAUAUGAACCCCAGUCCGGGUCGGUAA